AUGAUUCUUUAUCAACAAGGAAAGAUACCUAUUACUUAUAGUGCUCCUCUAUUAUCAUGCUCCACAUUUGUUGCAUUCAUAAUUUAUGCAGCAGCUAUUGUUUUUCCAUACUUAAUUUGUGGAUGGACAAAAGAUUUCUUCACUCUUUACGAAACAAACUAUGAACAACCAUAUAUUUAUACAACAUCAGAAAUAAGUUUAUAUGAUGCACAACACAACUUAACAUUUAGCAUUCCAAUGACUUCCGACGUUAAUGUUAUUCCAAUCUUCGAAAGAACUUCAAGAACAGACCUUCACGAUAUUACAUUUUCAUUAAUUCUUCCAACAUCUUCUGUUCAAUCUAAAACAGGCUCAAUAACACUCAAAUUCCCGUAUAAAGUUGAAUUUAAUAAGACAAUUCACCAUGUUUUCACAGGAAAAAUCAACACAGUUCUUAGACCAUUCGAACCUGUCUGUCAGGCAUCUAUUUCUGGCUUCUUAGGUUUCAAUCAACAAUUACCUUACACAAAGAACAUUCCUCCAACAGCAGAAGGCUAUCAGGACUACGCAGAAGAAAACGAUCUUCCUAUUACAGACGGUGACCUUCGCUUAUACGGCCAGCCAUACUUCCAAGUCAACGCACAAGAGUUUGUCUACGGAACAUGUGAUACCUUUACACUCAAGUUCAAAAUGAGAGCUCCUAUGCUUGCUGUUAGAAUAGAGAACAACUUCUGGUACGCAUUCCUUUCCGGCUGGACAAAGUAUAUCGCUGUUGCAGUUCCAUUUAUUUUCUUCGCACGCUGCACAUUGAGUUUGUUAUUCGGUUCUGGUUUACUGGCUUCUACUCCCAAUGUCGAAGCUGUUUUGGCCAAACCUUCAAUCAAGAAAUUCAACCGUAAUUGA